AUGGCGCGACAUCCCUCGGAGCGCUGCAGCGGCUUCGCUGGCGCCGGCGAGGAGCGGCAGGCCUGCGUCUUCUCGACGACCGACCUGGGCCGGCCGUCGGGAAUUCAUGCCAACCGGGGGCAGGCAUCGUGCGUCUUCUGCUCAGAGUCAGUGCUGAGGCAGCGUCUGGGUAACUCCCGGGGCAAAGGUGUGGUCACGGCUGCCUUGGCUUUUUUUCACGAGCAAAGCCCGGAGGAUGUGUACGUCCGCGCCGCGCAGCGGAUUCGAGACGUGGCUGGAGAGCCGACCUGGGCCGCUUGCGAGCGGCGUCUGCAGCAACAUCUGCGUCAACGGGGAGCUACAGCGCAGGAGCACGACGCACGUGCACAGCAACAAGCUAAGGCCCGAGCUCAACGUCGAGGAGGUGGAGACCCCGCUAACUGGGCGGGUUUGCUGGAAGCCCGCCAAUCCCAGUGCGUCCCCUCGGCAGAAACGAAAAGAGUGCAUGAGAGAAGCUGCGCCAGCCAGCUGCGAGCGUUGCAGAAUAAAUUGCCGGCCAUCUAUGGUGAAAAUGGACGGCCAGCGGCCGCUUGGCAGACGGACCUAGCCAAGGCCUUCACGAACUUCGCGAAGAACUGGUCGUGGCGCAUGUGCCGCCAAUGCGACCGGAUGGUCCCACAGCCGUUCGAGCCCAAGCUUCCUGAAGAGGUACUCUCGGCGCUGGCCAUUCUUGACGUCCACACGGGUCCGGCCGAGCGCGCGCCCCAGGGCUACUGGGUGCACACCAGUUGCGUUCGCUUCAGCUGGAAGCCGACAUCCGUCGAGGAGCGCCUCAGCGCACUUCCUCGCGCAGCUUGGCAGGCUGGACGUGCCGCCUACACCUGGUUGGUUGCUGCGGAGACCUGCCCAUACCGCGACUUCCUGAGAUCUCACGCUGCGUUUCUGCGGCACCGUCAACGUCUUCUAGAUCAUGGCGACUUGGACGCUGCGACCCCAGUGCCCUGGCUGCCGCUGCGCUUUCUGGAGACGAUCGGCUUGGAAUCUGCCAUUUGGCCUCAUCUCUAUUGGGACCGCACCAUGUGCGAAACGUACGUUCGCAGCGUGGAUGCGAGGCGCCUUUCUCGAGCCGAGCAGCAAGAGGGCCGCGACGAGGAUGCGGAGGGCGACGUGGACAUGAUGGAAGCCGCCGAGCAACCAGAGAACGAGGCUGAGGACCCUGACAGCGGCUGUGAGGAAGAGCAGGCGGAGGGCCCAUGCCCGGAAGGCGCCACGCGCCAAAGCGCCAAGGCCAGCUUCAUCGCCAAGGUUUUCUCUUCGGUGAUUGGCUAUGGCACCGACCGUGCCCUGGCCCACUUCGUGUAUGAUCUCUGGAUGUGGAGCUCUCUCGGCGGGGCCCGCAAUGCCGCGCCCACGAAUCUGCGCGGCGCCUUGGCCGGGCGGGGCUUCUCGCCUCUUUACUGGCGGGGCGUGCACGCCGGCCUCGUGGACUGCGUGCGCCAGCUCGGCUUCCCCUCCAUGUUCGUGACUGUGGCCCCCUUGGAGCUGUCGGCGCCCUAUCAUCACUGGCUUCAGGACGAGCUUCACAAGGCCUGUCGCUGCCGCACGAACCUUCCGGCGGCGGAGACGUUCCACCUCGCGCACCUGCUCUUCCAAACUGCCGAAGGCCUCCUCGCCGGAACCAAUCGACAGCAGACGGCCAGCGCGCGUCGACGGUGGGAUCGGCACAUCUUGGCGAGUCGCGACGCUGCUGGCUCCAGCGUGGUGGAAGUCUUCGCUCGUCUCGAAUUCCAGGAUGGGAAACGCAAAAGGCACGUGGGCCCGGGUCAAUCCUAUCAUGGCUCCGGGCGUGUCCAUUUGCACCUCUUGAUCUGGCUUAAGGACGCCGACGGCAUCGACUGGCCGCGAGUCGUGCGGGCAGACAUCCCGGACGCAACCACGGAGCCAGAACUGCACGAUUUGGUGCGUGAUUCCCAGCAGGACUGGGACGACAGCGCCUGGCCACGGAGAGAUGGCCCCACGGUCUUCGACAGCGCAACAGGUGUCCUGCACCUUCACCAUCCGGCCGACGCCCACGCAGCACAUGUCCGGGCCUACUUGCCCGACCUGCUGGGGGCGCUGCAGUGUCACAUGGACGUGCAGAUGGGCGACGGCCGUGGACUGUUGCUGCAGUACGCGGCCAGCUACAACGCCAAGUUCAGCGACCAGUUCGCAACCGCCUGGCUGAACGACGAGGCAACAGACUUCCAACUGGCCUGGAAGGUUCUUAUGGAGUACCACCCACUCGAGCCCGAGAUGUGGCUCCAACUCGCCGGGCAGCAGUUUCGGCAGGUGCUCCAGACCGGCGUGCUGCGCCGCGUGGUCGUGCGCCCGCCCUGGGCCGGCUUCCCGCCGAGCCGUUGGGAGUCGCUCUACGUGGCCUGUGACUGGCGGUCCGAGAGCUGCACGCUCCUGGAAUACCUGCGCCAGUGCAACCAGUCCGGAGUCAAGCGCAAGAACAAGCGCCGGGUGCUGGUGGCGGCGACGCUACACUCGCCUCUGAGGGACAGCUACUUCGGCCAGUGGCUGCUGCUCAACGUGCCCUUCCGUUCCCUUGCUGAUCUGUGGGACGAUCGGGCGGCGAAGGUGCCCGAAGGCUAUCGGAUGCUGGCCUUGUGUUUGCUGCACCGUCCCGGCUACUGGCGUCGCCUCCACGACGUGCAGCGUGAUUUACAGUUGGAAGGCCGCAAGGACGCCCACAUCUGCAACGUCCUGAGCAUGUUGGAGGCUCGCACCGCGGUCGUCGACGCCUAUCUCUCCGGCCAAUUGGUGCUCGACGUGGACAUGCCUCCGCAGCCGGACCUCCUCGCCGCCCCCGAAGUCGGCUACCGUGGAGAAUUGGAUCCGGAGCAAGCAGUCGUGGUGGAACACGUCCGGAACAUGGUCCGCUGGGCACUCGAGCGCCGGUACCCCGAGGACGCAGACCCCGCCCAGUUGCACGACUUCCUCGACCGAACUCGCCACUCGCCCCCACAGGUGCUGCAGCCCUUCUGCGUGCUGGGGCCUGCCGGGUCGGGGAAGAGCACCGCGCUGGAGGUGGCCGUCCAGCGCGCCGCAGAGGCCGGUGCCCACGUUGGCAUUGCGUGUCCGACCGGCAUGCUCGCGAGCGCCUACCGGGAGAAGUUCCCUGGCCUGGAUGUCGACACCUUGCACGGCAUGUUUCUCCUGCACCUGCCCCAGGAGGAGACGUGGGAUUGCAUGGGGAGCUUUGACUUGAUCGUCAUCGACGAGGUGGGCCAGCUCUCCCGCAUGACGUUCGAGCGCCUGCUGUGGUUGUGGGACAACGCAGAUCGCCGCCCGGCUUUGGUGUUCGUUGGCGACUUCCACCAGCUGCGGGGCAUGGACCCCACGAGGGCCUCCGACAGCCCUCGCUGGCGGGGCGUCGUGAAGCGCCACCUGCAGACGAUGCGGCGGUGCAAAUGUCCCGAGUUGCGCUGGAAGCUGGAGCUCCUGCGCACCACCAAGCCUUCCAAGGAGCAGUUGCUCCGCAUCCUGCGCGGGCAUCGGGCAAUGCCCGAUCGGGGCCCCGGCGUCAGUCCGGAACCCACGGAGCUGGACGUCCAGGGGAUGCUGCAGGAAACGCCGCACACCCUGUUCCUGACAAUCACUCGCCGCCACGCCGCACUCCUCAACGAUCUUGCCGUGCGAGCCCUAUACGGAGAUGCCCAGCCCCUCUGCUUCGUGCCGGGCGACUAUGAAAGCAACGUGGACAACUACGACGACCUCGGUCAGCUCGUGGACUGUCAGCCGCUGCAUCUUCCUGUCUACGAAGGCAUGCGCGUGACGCUCACCCGGAACGUGCAGAAGGAGCAGAACUUUGUCAACGGCAUGCGCGGGGUCGUGCUGGCCGUGCAAAGCUCCUCCGUGCUGGUCCUCACGCACUGCGGCAACGUGGUCUCCGUGUUUCCCUACACGGACGACGAGAUUGACGUCGCCGGGGUGAACCGACGGAUCACCUAUCUGCCGAUCAGGCUCGGUUACGCGACGAACUUGCAGAAGAUCCAGGGGGCGACCCUCGACCACGUGACGAUAUGGCUCGACGUCCCCAACGUGGAGGCCGCGGCCUAUGUGGCGUUGUCCCGGGUCCAAUACGACCAGAACUGGCGCUUCCUGGGGCACGUCACGCGGCACCACCUCACCCCGGCCUCGGGCUCGAAGAUACGGCCAACCAGCGAGUUUGAGAUCCGCACAGCUCGACCGCUGGUCCUGGAAAAGAGCACUCUCGCAGGGAUAUUCGUCGCCUACUCCGAAGCAGUCGUCCACAGGGUCCAUCGCAGUCAAAUCCGGCAGCGCAUCGUUCUGCCGUGGAAACCUGCUGACCUACGAGAUCACUUGCUUAUUUUCCGGCGGAAGUCCUCGGCAAAUGACUCGUACAUAGAGGAUCUUCGCGUGCGGAAAAAUGUCCUGCGCCGCCUUUUGCUGCUUUUUGCUCGCGAAGACCGCUGGCGGCGCGAUCGUGGCGUCGAGCCAAUGCAUGCUUACCACACUGACUUCGACUACUUCUCGGACUUGGAACCGGACGUGAUGGUAUGGGUGGUGGAAAGUUUGGUGGUCCAGACUGCAACUUUGACAGACGAGCACAUCAGCAGUGCCACGGCCGUCGAAGAGGUACCGAGCAUCCAGAAGAGGGUGCGCUGGUGGCUCCUUUCCCAGCUGGAUGUGGCGGAACGCCCCGUGCCCAUGCAGCGCCGCUGGAAGGGAGAGGUCUCAGCGCUUCGGGCACAGAUGCAGCGCUUCAAGAAGCGAGCGGAGGAGCUGCAGGAGGAGUACGACGCCUACAAAGACAAGGCGAACGCUGCUCUGCAGAAUAGCGCCCUCCAGAGCCAGGAGCUACAGCUGAAGGAACGGCAGGCCGAGCACCAGGGCGAGCAGCUCCAGGAUCGCAGCCUGCGCUUCCUGGCAUAA